GUGCUGACAUCUCCUGUUAAUAUCCGCGUACUCUAACGUCAUUUUGACGGUUCAACUCUCUCUUUUAUCAUCCAUAAAUCCACGUGAAGUUAAAUAUUCUCAGAUAUAUAAAACUCAACUUUCAGAAUCUCUCAUUUUGGCGCACAACCAGAUUUAAGAUGCCAUCGGACGCUAAAAAAAAACAACAGGCCAAGAAAAAGGAAGCAGCCAAAGCUAGACAAACUGGUAAGAAACCAGUGUCGACCAAUCCCACCAAGGAGGAUGGAAAGGAUCAGACCAAUGCAUCAUCAAACAACGAGAACGGAACUAAUGGAGUAUUGAGUGCUGAAGAGGCACUAUGCCUGAAAUUAGAAGCAGAUGCGCGUCUGAAUGCUGAAGCUCGUGCCUGCACUGGAAGUUUAGCGUCACAUCCACGUAGUCGUGAUAUUAAAAUAUCUAAUUUCUCAAUAACAUUUCACGGAUGCGAGCUUCUGCAGGAUACCAUGCUUGAGCUAAACUGCGGAAGACGUUACGGUUUACUAGGACAAAAUGGUUCUGGAAAAUCGACAUUGCUUUCAGUUAUUGGUAAUCGGGAAGUCCCAAUACCUGAAGCCAUCGAUAUAUUUCAUUUGUCCCGUGAAAUGCCCGCUAGUAGCAAAACUGCGCUGCAAUGUGUCAUGGAAGUUGACGAAGAACGUGUGCGUUUAGAAAAAUUAGCUGAAGAAUUGAUAGAUUGUCCAGAAGAAGACGCUCAGGAACAACUAAUGGACGUCUAUGAGCGUCUUGAAGACAUGUCUGCAGACACUGCCGAAGCCCGUGCUGCCCAUUUGCUUCACGGUCUCGGUUUUACAACAAAAAUGCAGCGCACUGCAACGCGAGAUUUUUCCGGAGGUUGGCGUAUGCGUAUCGCUUUGGCUCGUGCUCUUUACGUCAAGCCUCACUUGCUGUUGCUCGAUGAGCCGACAAAUCAUUUAGAUCUUGACGCCUGUGUGUGGCUUGAAGAAGAGUUGAAAACAUACAAACGUAUUCUCGUUAUAAUAUCACACUCUCAAGAUUUCCUAAACGGUAUCUGUUCAAAUAUCAUUCAUUUGAAUAAAAAACAACUUAAGUACUACACUGGUAACUAUGAAGCAUUUAUUAAAACACGUAUGGAGCUGCUGGAAAAUCAAUCGAAGCAGUAUCAGUGGGAGCAGGACCAAAUCGCUCAUAUGAAAAAUUACAUUGCGCGUUUCGGUCACGGUUCCGCUAAACUGGCGCGUCAGGCCCAAUCUAAGGAAAAAACUCUUGCGAAAAUGGUCGCGCAAGGUCUUACCGAAAAAGUAUCAACUGAUAAAGUAUUGAACUUUUACUUUCCAUCUUGCGGUGGUAUACCGCCUCCAGUUAUCAUGGUACAGAAUGUCAGCUUCCGGUACAAUGACGAUUCGCCUUGGAUCUAUAGAAACUUGGAGUUCGGUAUUGAUCUUGAUACUAGACUGGCUCUUGUCGGUCCCAAUGGUGCUGGUAAGAGUACGUUACUCAAACUACUUUAUGGAGACCUGGUACCAACUAGUGGAAUGAUUAGAAAGAACAGCCAUCUUCGUAUCGCUAGAUACCACCAACAUUUGCAUGAAUUAUUAGACUUAGAUAUGUCCCCAUUGGACUACAUGCUGAAAUCAUUUCCGGAAGUUAAAGAGCGCGAGGAAAUGCGUAAAAUUAUUGGUCGCUAUGGUUUAACUGGUCGUCAACAAGUGUGUCCUAUCAGACAAUUAUCUGAUGGACAACGUUGUCGUGUUGUGUUCGCUUGGCUGGCUUGGCAAGUACCGCAUUUAUUAUUGAUGGACGAACCUACCAAUCACUUGGACAUGGAGACAAUCGACGCACUCGCUGAAGCUAUAAAUGAUUUCGAUGGUGGAAUGGUUCUCGUCUCUCACGACUUCAGACUUAUUAAUCAAGUCGCUGAAGAAAUUUGGGUCUGUGAAAAUGGUGCGGUAACUAAAUGGCAAGGCAAUAUUUUGGAUUACAAGGAACAUUUGAAAAAUAAAGUACUGAAGGAUAAUCAAACGCGACAAAAAGAGUUACUGGGACGUGGAAAAUAAUUAAUUUAAAUGUUCAUACGUUGAAUAUAAAUAUUUUUAUCCGAUUC